AUGAAGUUCAAGUCCCUAGUCCUGGCCGGCCUCAUGGCUGGUGGAACAGUCGGCAGUGCUGUUCCCAAGGCGCCCUACCACUUCGGCUGCGGUGCCCCUCCUCCGAGCGACAGCCAUAGAGCAGUCUCAAAAGAGCUCGCGGUCCAAGAGGCAGCCUUCAACAGCGGUCUCCAGAUCAACGCGGCCUCCAUCGUCGUCGACACGUAUAUCCAUGUCGUGUCCAUUGAUCAGACCGCGACUGGCGGUUACCUUAGUCGGGAGACGAUCGAUAAGCAGAUGCAGGUGCUGAACGACAACUUUGCUCCCAGCGGCAUCGCCUUCACCCUCAAGGAUGUCGACUGGACGGUCAACACAAACUGGGCCCGCGACCGCGACUCCCUCAACAUGAAGAAGAAGCUGCGCAAGGGAACUUACGCCUCUCUCAAUCUGUACUACCAGACCGAAGUGAGUGGCAACUUGGGCGUGUGUUAUUACCCCACGACUGCGCAACCAGGCACGACCGCCUUCUACCAGGACGGUUGCACCAUUCUCUUCACCUCGGUGCCGGGAGGCUCCGCAACAGGCUACAACGAGGGCAAGACGACGACGCACGAGGUUGGCCACUGGUUCGGCCUUAUCCACACAUUCGAGGGCGGCUGCAAUGCGGGCGACGAAGUCGAUGACACGCCGGCGCAGGCCUCGGCCACGUCGGGGUGCCCUACUGGCCGCGACUCUUGCCCGAACCAGGCUGGGCUGGAUCCCAUCCACAACUACAUGGACUACUCGUAUGACUCCUGCUACGAGGAAUUCACGACUGGGCAGGUGAACCGCAUGAAGAGCAUGUGGACUCGUUAUCGCUCGGGAAAAUAG